AUGCACAUUGAUCAAACUCAUACCGUAUUGCAAGCUGAUGAAGGAGAUAUCUCUAGUGCAACUGAUGAAGUGGAAGAUAUUGAUCAUGCUGAGGAGUUCAUUCCUGGGCACGAAGAAAGCAACAACAACCUUAUAAGCGAAACACUUGAGAUGCACACCAAGACAUACCAACAUAUGGAGGAGAAUCAGAUAUGA